GAGAGAGAGCGCGAGAGAGAGAGUGAGAAAAUACUUGCGUGUCAUGUGUGAAAUUCCGAUUCCUGAUUAGUGUAUCGAGCGAUAAGCAGCAUAUCAAUCGAUAGUCGUGCGUGAGUGAAUAAGAAUAAGAGUAAAAGAGAGAGAGAGAGAGAGAUCUCAAGAGAGAGUGUGCGAGUGCAACGGAGUAUUUAGCAGGAGGCUUCUCCGACGAUCGAACGGACCGGAAUUUCUACAAUUUACGUUUUCUCAAUGUCAAAUCGAGCGUUCGAGCGUUUUCUGAUAUAAAUCAGCCGCCGAUUAAUCGAUUGGCAGCUCCUCUGUGUGUUAUUGAUGACAAAAUGGUAAUCGAAGUGAGGAUUGCGGCAAAGGACACGGGAGCGUAAACAAUCCGAUCGCAACCGCCGGACGACGCUGUGGCCCCCACGCAUGCAGCCAGUGGCGCCGCGGGGGCCCGCUGCACAUUGUGGUGCACAUCGGUGGUGCGGUGGUGCACUGUGGUUUGCCUGCUCUCCACAUUAACGCUUCUCCAGCCAGCAGCAGCAACAGCAGCAGCAGCUUCAGCCCCAGCCCAAGCCCUCGCGGUGCCAAUGCAGCAGAGGCGACACGGCCACGUGCAGCAGCAGCAGCAGCAGCCGAGUGUUGCAUACUUGUGGGCGUCCAGAGUGCAACAACAUCCUCCCCAACAGAGGAAGGAGCUGCAGCAGCAGCAGCAACAGCAGAAGGAAAGCGGCAACAAGUGUGUGACAUGCUCCCAUUCGAUACGGCAUUCGAUAUUGAAUCCGUUUCCGUAUCCAUCAGAACCGAAUGCUGGAAGAAGCGCCGCCGAAAGUUCACUGGUGCAGAGGAAGAAGAGUGUUGUAAAUAGUAGUGUGGCUGAAGUUUUUUACAGUGUAAAUAGUGCAAAUAAUAAUACGCGUAAGUUAAAUUUAAUUCUGGGCAAACUCUUGCCCCAAAAGAAGAAGGAGCAGCAGCAGCAGCAGCAGCAGGAGGAGGCACAUCUUGUUGUUGGCACAAAUUUGCAAAAUAAAUUACCAGCAUCGAGUGCGGAUUGCCACUUAAGUCCCCAUACGCGUACUCGUACUCGUAGUCGUUGUCGUUGUCUUGCCCCUUGUGCCCCUUGUGCCCCCAGUGCCCACUGUGCCACAGUCAUAGUCCAUUCUCCUCCCUUGGCCUGUUCCUGGCAUCAUCAUCAUCAUCUGCAGCAGCAACAGCAGCAGCAUCUGAAUCUGCAUCAUCGUUGUCGUUGUUGUCUCUGUCGUUGUUGUCGUGGUCUUCGCGACGCGUCGCACUCGACUGGCGGUAGUGUCGCCUCCGCGUCUGUAUCCCGCGUAUCGCCCGCGUCGUCUAUGCUCUUGCCAUAUCAAAUUAAUCAACGUGCUACAUUGUUGCAGCAGCAGCAGCAGCAACAGCAACCGAAAGCAGCAUCAUCAACAACAUUGCCAUCACAUGUGCCCGGGCCUGGGGCAGCAACAACUCCUCUGCUGCAGCAUCGUAUUUUUAAACGUGAUACAAUCCAAACAGCGACCACUGCAUCACCUUUGACACCGCAGCAACAGCAACAGCAACAGCAACGGCAACGGCAAAAGCAUCGCCAACAUCUGCAACAUCUACUUGCAACUGCAACCUCCACAACCACCGCUGCCACAUCUCGGCUCGAAUUCAUACUUUACACAGAAGUUUAUGAAGAGGAUUCGAUCGCCAUUGCCCCCAGCAAUUCCGAUUCCGAUUCUGAUUUAAAUUUUAAUUCAAAGUCGAAAAUACCCGCGCAGGAGGAGGAGGAGCAGCAGCAGCAGCAGGCGUUGGACAGCGAAACCUUUUGGCAGAAAUACGGUGAGUAG